UUGUGCUGGGAGUGGGGGAGAGUGCAGAGGGAGAGAGAGAGGGAAGGAAAGAAGGAAGGAAAGAAGGUGGGGAUAAGAGGGAGCAGUACUGGGAGAGGGCACACCAAGUUUAAAGUCAUUGAAGUGACUAGAAAAGACACUCUUUCUUAAAGACUUGGAGGCUGAAUCACUUUUUUACUUUUGCAAGUAUCUUUGAAGCCUGCAGUGCAACUAGCUGUGGACAUGGCUGGUUGUCUGCAAAGGAUGGACCCCACAGCCCCGACACUUCUGAAGUUCUUCUUCUUUGUGUUGCUGUCAUUGGGCUGUUGCUUCUACACAACAGAGGCAGAUCCUUUUGACCCAGCGUUCCUCUACAGACGCCAAUCUGGACCUAAUGCAGAAACGAUUCUGGUCGCCAACAAUGGGAUUAGAGUUCCCUUCGGACGCUCGGUCUAUCUGGACCCUAUCAAUGACCUUGUCACUGAGGUGCAGCCUGGAGACCGUUGCCACAUCACAGUGCUGGACAAUGACCCAUUGGCGCAGAGACCUGGAAUGCUGACCCCCAAAAAGUUCCCAUGUGCCUUUGGAGCCGAGGAGGUGAAAUACACCCACUUUGGUUCACGGAGCCCCAGCAAGGACCAUGUGAAGCUUCAGCUGAGGUAUGACUCCCAUACCGACACUGUGAUCAUCCCUUUCAUGCUAGAGGUGGAGGUGGUCUUCCAGCAGCUGGAGGUACUCACCCGUAACAUGCCGUUGGUUGUGGAGAAGCUCAAUGGAGAAAGCAACCCCAUUGAGAAGAAAAGCCUGGAAUUUGCCUUUGAGGACGGUGUCACUUCGUGCAAGGUGACCACGCUGGUCGGUGCAGGUGGACUCCCCAGGUAUGGCACUCUUUCUGAUAACUCUGUUAAUGGCCAGAUGAUUGAUUGUGAGGAAUUUCUCAGGAAAGGCAUUCGCUAUGUGCACACUGCCACCACCAAAUCCCCCAACAGGGAUUACAUACCAAUGCUAGUAGAAGUUCAAGACAAUAACGGCAACACUAUACAGCAGGAGCAUUUCCAAAUAAUGGUUAGAAUUAAGGAAGGAGCAGAAAACACGCCUCCCAAAGCCAGCUUUACAGCUAUGAUGAUGAUGGAGGUCGAUCAGUUUGUGAUGACAGCCAUAACUCCUGAUAUGCUGGCAGGCGAAGACGUGGAGUCAGAUUCUGAUGACUUAAUCUUUAAUAUAACAUCUCCCUUAGGCUAUCAACAGGGCUAUAUCAUCAGCACGGAUGAUCAGAACCUGCCAAUAACCUCCUUUUACCAAAGAGAUGUGAAAGAUCUGAAAAUUGCUUAUAAACCACCAUCCGAAGAUUCAGAAAUAGAAAGAAUCUUCCAGAUCGAGUUUGAGAUAGUCGAUACUGAUGGAGCUGUGUCAGAAACAUUCGCGUUCAUGAUCGUUGUAAAGCCGAUGAACACUUUAGCGCCAGUCGCUACCAAAAAUACAGGCCAGCUACUAUUUGAGGGUCAGUCUAGGCCUUUGUCUACUUCACAGAACUUGGAAAUCAGUGACGAGGACAAUCUUGAAGAUGUAAGAAUCUCUGUAACUGAUGGUUUGAAGCAUGGUGAGCUGACUGUGUUGGGGUCUCAACGAAAAUAUUUCACCCCAGCUGAUCUUGACGCUGGAAUUGUUGUGUAUCAGCAUGAUGGGAGUGAUACCUACAGUGACAAUAUUAUAUUCAGAAUGACUGAUGGCACUAAUGAGGUGGAGUUUUUGUUUCCUAUCACAAUUGCCCCUACUGAUGACGAGCCCCCCAUUAUUAACGCCAACACUGGCAUUGUGCUUUUCAAGAAUGAAAUGAUGCAGAUCUCACCAUUUAUCUUGAGUGCGACUGACAUCGACUCAGAAGACUCAACCAUUAAGUUUAUCUUAGAGGAACCAUAUUCAACCAUUGGUGAACUCCUGCUUAGGCAAGUGGAGCCCCCUGCAGAUCUGUCCGCUUGGAAGUUUAGUGCAACAGAUGAAAUGUUUGAACAGGUGGUCACGUAUUGGUUUCAGCAGGACAUUCUAGACGGAAAGCUGUUUUACCGCCACAAAGGACCCCACAGCACCACCACUGUCAUUGACCACUUUGUGUUCAGAGUCCAGGAUGACAAUGACCCCCCAAAUCAGUCUGGAGAACAUACAUUCACCAUUAAAAUCCAUCCUGUUGAUGACAUACCCCCAACUCUGUACCCAGGCACUUCUCUGCACAUGACUGUUCAAGAAUAUGAACUAACAUUCUUUAAAAAGAAGUUCCUACGCUACACAGACCUGGACUGCGAUGACAGGGACCUCAAAUAUACCAUCGUCAAGGCCCCCACAGAUACAGACGAGAACAACCCAGUUCUUCUUGGAGCCAUUGUACUUACUGACAGCCCUGACACUGUUGUGUCAGAGUUUACUCAAGCUCAGGUCAACCACCAUAAAAUAGCAUACAAACCUCCUGACCAAGAGCUGGGUAUCACUCCCAAAGUUGUCCAGUUCACCUUUACUGUAGAGGACACAGCCAGCAACUCAGUUGAUGGCCUGUUUACGAUAUUUUUACAGCCUGUUGACAACAAGCCUCCUGUGAUCACCAACACUGGCUUCACUGUGCUGGAGAGAAGCACCUUCAUAAUAUCCAAGAAUGAACUGGAUGCCUCUGAUCAGGACACAGAGGAGGAACAUAUUAUAUUCAAGGUCAUCCAGAUUCCAAGGUACGGGCAACUACAAUAUUUGGAAAUUGAUAUGUCCAAUGGCGAGACAUUUGUUUUAGAAGACAUUGAGAGUGGUCGACUCACCUAUACCCAUGGUGGGGAAGAAUCUCUGACUGAUGUAAUCAAAAUUGAGGUUAGCGAUGGCUUCCAUGAAGUGCCCAUAGUUAUCAAGAUUAGCAUUAAGCCAGUUGAUGAUGAGACUCCAACCAUCAUGCUACCAUCAGGUCUCCUGGGGGCUUCCAUUGAUGUGCUUGAGAAUGGAGCUACAGAAAUCACUAGCAAUGUGAUUCAGGGUAAAGACGAGGACACGGACGACCUCAUGCUUACAUUUAUUGUAGAAGAGUCUCCAAAACUGGGAGAAAUCAUGGUCAAUGGCGCUCCUGCUGAACGCUUUACCCAACAAGACAUUAUCAAUGGGGUAGUCGUCUACGUCCACACAAGUGGAGAGAUUGGCCCUAUUAAAGAGCACGAUUCCUUCAACCUCACCAUCUCUGACAUGUCAGACGAGUGGGUCGUUGGUGGCAACAAAGUCCAAGGUGUUCGUGUCCAUGUUACCAUCCUUCCUGUAGACAGUAUUGCCCCAAUCGUUAGUGUUGGGGAACAGUUUGUUGUAGUUGAAGGAGAAAAGAAUGUCAUUACCUUAGAUCAUAUCAAAACUGAAGACAUUGACACUGAUAAUGAUGAUAUCCUCUGCACCAUUAUUGUCCAGUCAACUUCUGGCUAUGUGGAGAACAUUUCUCCAGCCCCUGGAUCAGAGAAAUCAAGAGCAGGCACUGCUAUUACUGCCUUUACCAUUAAAGAUGUUAGUCUAGGUCACAUCUACUACGUCCAGAGCAUUCACAAAGGUGUGGAACCAGUAGAGGACAGGUUCACCUUCCGUUGUUCUGAUGGUAUUAACUUCUCCGAGAGGCAUUUCUUCCCCAUUGUCAUCAUCCCAUCCAAUGAUGAGAAACCAGAAAUUUUCAUCCGAGAGUUUGUCGUCAUGGAAGGCAUGAGCUUAGUCAUUGACAGCCCCAUCUUAAAUGCUGCAGAUGCAGACGUUCCAAGUGAUGAGCUUGAGUUUGAGAUCAUUACAAACCCCAAACAUGGCAGCAUCGUCCAGCAGUUGAGCACUGGCACUGUUCCGGUAGUAAAAUUCUCCUUGGAGCAGAUCAAGGAAGCAUCUAAUAUAGUUUACGAGCAUGAUGACUCUGAGACCAAGGAAGAUGAGUUUAAAAUUAGACUCACAGAUGGCAAACACACUGUUGAAGAGAAAGUUCUGAUAAUGGUAAUUCCUGUUGACGACGAGACCCCAAGAAUGGCGAUCAAUGAUGGACUGGAGGUCGAAAUUGGAGAAACCAAAGUCAUUAGCAAGAAAGUUCUCAAAGCCACAGAUCUGGACUCUGAAGACAAAGAGCUUACCUACAUUGUCCGCUAUGGUCCUGGUCAAGGCUACCUUCAGCGAAUCACCAAACAUGGAGAUGUUAUUGGGAACAUCAGCAUUGGGAUGAACUUUACCCAAGAUGAACUUGACAAGCAGUUGAUCCAGUACGUCCACACUGGCCAGGAGGGUGUUCGUGAUCUGCUCAAGUUUGAUGUCACUGAUGGUAUCAACCCCCUCAUUGAUCGCUACUUCUAUAUCAACAUUGGAAGCAUUGAUAUGGUCUUCCCUGAUGUCAUUAACAAAGGUGUGACCCUCAAAGAAGGAGGCAAAGUGACCUUGACUACAGACCUCCUUAGCACUACUGACAUCAACAGCCCUGAUGAAUACCUCAGUUUUAGCAUCACACGAGCCCCAAGCAGGGGUCAUCUCGAGUGCACUGACCUUCCUGGCGUGCCCAUCUCCACCUUCACCCAGUUACAACUUGCAGGCAACAAAGUCUACUACAUCCACACCUCUGAUGAUGAAGUGAAGAUGGACAGCUUUGAGUUUGAGGUGACAGAUGGCUACAAUCCAGUGUUUCGCACAUUCCGGGUGUCCAUCACUGACGUGGACAACAAGAAACCAGUCUUGACCAUCAACAACCUGGUGGUGGGAGAGGGUGAAAUCAAACUGAUCACUCCUUUUGAGCUGACUGUGGAGGAUCGAGACACUCCAGAUAACCUUCUGCGCUUCGUGGUUACCCAGGUGCCUGUGCACGGUCAGCUGUUGUACAACGGCACUCAAGCCAUUACGACAUUCACCAAGCAAGACCUCAACGAGAACCUCAUUAGCUACAAGCACGACAGCACAGAGACCAGUGAAGACAGCUUCUCAUUCACGGUCACCGAUGGAACUCAUACCGACUUCUACGUGUUCCCUGACACAGUCUAUGAGACACGGAAACCGCAGAUGAUGAUCAUCCAAAUCAACACAGUGGACAAUGGCGUACCUCAAAUCGUGGUCAACAAAGCUGCACCCACCCUCAGGGUCCUACAUACCGGCCAUCUUGGAUUUGUAAUCACCAGUAAAGCUCUGAAGGCUGAGGACAGAGACAGCCCUAAUAAGGUUUUGAAGUAUACCGUCGCUGAAGCUCCUCUGCAUGGCUUCAUCAUCAAUACUGAGUUGGGGAACAACAGCAUCAAGACCUUCUCACAAGCUGAUAUCGAUGAGAUGAAAAUCUGCUAUGUGUUACUCGAUACAUCCAAUGCUACAAGUGAUAUCUUCUACUUCACAGUUGAAGACAACGGGGGCAACAAGCUGAAGCCCCAGCCGUUCCGCCUGAACUGGGCCUGGAUCUCUCUGGAGAAGGAGUUUUAUCUGGUGGAUGAGGACGCAAAGUUUCUGGAGGUGACGCUCAAACGCAGAGGCUACCUGGGGGAGACAUCGUUUGUCAGCAUCGGCACUAAGGACGGCACUGCCAAGACGGACAAGGACUUUCGUGGAAAAGCCCAGAAGCAGGUCCAGUUUAACCCAGGCCAGACCACGGCCACCUGGAGGGUGAAGAUCUUCACUGAUCUAGAGUUUGAAACUUCAGAAACCUUCGAGAUUCAGCUCUCAGAACCUGUGAUGGCAGUACUUGAGUACCCAGACAAAGCCACUGUGGAGAUUGUGGACCCUGGAGAUGAGUCCACCGUGUUCAUCCCUCAGGCUGAGUUUCUGAUAGAGGAGGACAUCGGUGAGCUGCUGGUUCCUGUACGCAGGUCUGGAGAUGCGAGUCAGGAGCUUAUGGUCGUCUGUUACACACAGCAAGACACUGCGACCGGCACCAUCCCCAGCACGGUGCUCUCCUACUCCGACUACAUCACCCGACCCGAAGAUCACACCAGUGUCCUGCGCUUCGACAAGGACGAGCGGGAGAAGCUGUGCAGAAUCAUCAUCAUCGACGACUCGCUGUAUGAGGAGGAGGAGAGCUUUAAUGUGUCACUGAGCAUGCCCAUGGGAGGCCAGGUGGGGGCCAGCUUCCCCAGUGCCAAGGUGGUUAUCCUGGCAGACAGUGAUGAUGAGCCGUCGCUGUAUUUCGGAGAGACAGAGUACACCGUGGACGAGAGUUCAGGUUAUGUGGAGGUGAGAGUGUGGAGGACGGGUACUGACCUCUCUAAAACCGCUACCGUCACCGUGCGCUCCAGAAAGAGUGAACCCGUCUCUGCAGAAGCGGGUCUGGAUUAUGUGGGCAUCAGUCGUAACUUGGACUUCGCGCCCGGCGUCACCAUGCAGACGUUCCGCGUGACUAUCCUGGAUGACCUGGGUCGCCCUGAGCUGGAAGGACCAGAGAAGUUUGAGCUGGUGUUGCGUAUGCCCAUGAACGCUGUGCUGGGAGAGCCCAGCAAGACCGUCAUCACCAUUAAUGACACCGUGACUGACCUUCCCAGGGUGCAGUUCAGGGAGGCGGAGUACAAGGUGGACGAGGCUGAUGGUCAGAUCAAAGCCAUGAUUUACCGCAGUGGAGACAUCAGCAAGAAGUCCACUGUGCGCUGCUACACUCGCCAAGGCUCCGCCCAGGUCAUGAUGGACUACAACGAGAGGCCCAACACCGACGCCUCCAUCGUCACCUUCCUACCAGGUGAAAACGAGAAGCCGUGUGUGGUGACCUUGGUGGAUGACUCUAUCCAUGAGGAGGACGAGGAAUUCCGACUGGUUUUGGGAACGCCCAAGAGCAAGACUCCAUACGGAGCUGCACUGGGAGAGCAGAAGGAAACUUUGGUCACCAUCGCUGACAGAAAAGACAAGUCCAUCAUAAGGUUCUCUGAGAUUAAGUACAGUGUGAAGGAACCACAGGCUCCCGGGGAGAUCGCCGUGGUGAAGAUCCCCGUCCUCCGCCUGGGAGACACCUCCAAGGUUUCUGUGGUGAGGGUUCACACUAAAGACGGCUCUGCAACCUCUGGAGAGGAUUACAACCCCCUAUCACAAGACGUGGAGUUUAAGGAAGGCGAGACGGAACACGUGGUGGAGGUGCAGGUUCUGUAUGAUGGACAGAGGGAGAUCCGGGAAGCCUUCACCGUCCAUCUGAAGCCCGACGAGUACAUGGUGGCCGAGACACAGAUGAGUAAAGCUAUAGUGUAUAUCGAGGAGAUGGACAGUGUAGCUGACGUCACCUUCCCAGCAGUCCCUCAGGUGGUGUCUCUGCUCAUGUAUGAUGAUACGAUUCGGGUAAAGGAGCACCCGCACCCUCCAACUGGGUACCCGGUAGUGUGUGUGACGGCCUGCAACCCCAAAUAUUCAGAGUUCGACAAGACUGGCUCCAUCUGCGCAGUGGAGAACAUUAACGACACUCUCACUCAGUACCGCUGGCUCGUCAGCGCCCCCAGUGGGCCAGACGGCGUCACCAGCCCUAUGCGUGAGGUGGACACCAACACCUUCUUCACCAACACCAAGUCCAUCACGCUGGACUCCAUCUACUUCCAGGCGGGUUCACGGGUACAGUGUGCUGCCAGGGCCUUUAACGCCAACGGAGACGCAGGCCUGGAGCUCAGCUCUUCUAUUGUGAUCAUCAGCCGAGAAGAGGGUCUUUGUCAGCCCCGUAUUGCUGGUACUGUUGGAGCAGAACCCUUCUCAGCGAAAAUCCGCUACACUGGUCCAGACGACCCAGACUACCCCAACCUCAUCAAACUCACCAUCACUAUGCCACACAUGGACGGCAUGCUGCCAGUAAUCUCCACCCGUCCCCUCUCUAACUUCGAGCUGACCCUGAGUCCGGAUGGAACUCGGGUGGGGAACCAUCGCUGCUCCAACCUGCUGGACUUCAACGAGAUCCAGACAGGCCACGGCUUCAUCACAGAUGCCACCAAGAACCCAGAGAUCAUCGGAGAGACGUCUCCGUACCAGUACAGCGUGGCCAUGCGGAGCGCCAACUCUCUGCGCUUCUACCGCAACCUCAACCUGGAGGCCUGUCUGUGGGAGUUCAGCAGCUACUACGACAUGUCCGAGCUGCUCAACAAAUGUGGGGGAUCCAUCGGGACAGAUGGACAGGUGCUGAACCUGGUCCAGUCCUACGUUACCCUGCGGGUUCCACUCUUCGUCUCUUACGUGUUCCACUCACCUGUAGCUGUUGGGGGCUGGCAGCACUUUGACCUGCAGUCUGAGCUGCGUCUCACUUUUGUAUACGACACUGCCAUCUUGUGGCAGGAUGGCAUUGGCAGCCCACCUGAGGCUGAACUACAAGGUGCCAUGUAUCCUACCAGUAUGAGGAUAAACGAGGAGGGUCGUCUGGUUGUGAAUUUUAAGACGGAGGCUCGGUUCCGUGGGCAGUUCGUCAUGUCUCACCCAGGAAGCAGCCUGUCGUCCAUGGUGAUUUGUGCGGAUCACCCUGGGCUUACCUUCACUCUCGCUCUGAUCCGAACCGAGCCCACGUACAACCAACCAAUGCAGCAAUGGAGCUUCGUCUCUGACUUUGCUGUUCGGGACUACUCCGGCACCUACACAGUGAAGCUGAUUCCCUGCAGCGCGUCUCCUAAUGGAGAGUUCAGUAUUCCACCUGUGUGCCACCCCAGAGAGCCCCUCACCUUCGACAUGGACAUCCGCUUCCAGCAGGUGAGUGAUCCUGUAGCGGCAGAGUUCAGUCUGAACACACAGAUGUUCCUGCUGUCAAAGAAGGAGGUGUGGCUGUCUGACGGCUCGAUGGGCUUUGGGGAGGGCACAGAUGCCGCCUUCUCUGAGGGUUCCACUAUCUAUGGCCGGGUUAUGGUGGAUCCGGUGCAGAACCUGGGAGAUUCGUUCUCCUGCAGCAUUGAGAAGGUCUUCCUCUGCACUGGCACAGACGGUUAUGUACCCAAGUAUAAUCCCACCAAUAAAGAGUACGGCUGCCUGGCUGAUGCCCCUUCACUGCUCUACAGAUUUAAGAUCCUGGAUAAAGCCCAGCCGGAGACUCAGGCCACAGCAUUUGGAGAUGUCCAGUUUGACGCCUCGUUUGCCAUGGACACUCCUGGGGCCUUUACACUGGUCCGACAGCCGGGGACAGAUGGGUUCACGCUGUCCUCGUCCCCACUGUUCCAGGUUGCUGCCGGGCGGGAGUGGUUCAUUCACACCAUAUACACCCUCCGCUCCAGAGACAAUGCCAACCGGGUCAUUGGUAAGAGGAGCCUGGAGUACCACCAUGGCAUUUCCUCAGUCCUCCCCGACUCUGGAGCCCUGACUCGCCACCGCCGUGCCGUGCCCGACCCCGAAGCUCUAGACAUCGGUGCAGAGAACAACCGCGGCACCAACAUCCAGCACAUCGCCCUGGACCGCUCUGACCGCCUGAGAGUGAGCCAGCAGCAGCCGUGGGGCCGCGAGACCUACGUGGAGCGCCCCCUAGUGGAGGGCAGCGCAAGCAAAGAGCCUGGCUCUGACUCAGCUCUGCCAGCUGGCAUGCCCACGCUGCUGGGGGUGUCCGGCCUCAUCCUGCUGGUGUGUCUGGUGGUGAUUCUAGUGGUGCUCUUGGUCCGGCGUAAGAGGAAAGAGAAGGAGUACCCGCCGUACGCCACCUCCUCCUGCUCGGCCUAUAGCAGCGCCAACAGCCGACAGACCACCAGCACGAGACACAGUGGAGACAGUUCUGAAGUUUAGAUAUCGAUAUCUACACCCAGGCCUUCCCUGUCAGGCCUUCACAGACACGAUCAAACGCUUCUACCCCCGCCUGCCAGGAGGAGCCUUCCUACCCAGGAGUGAAACAGCUGGAGGACGUGUCCGAUUCUCAACAAACAGAGAGAAACAGGGAAAAAUUCUGCUUCGGAUCACAUUAAAGGUUCAGUCACUUCCCAAAAGACUUUGCUUUCCAAUUCUGUUCUAUUCUUAUGAACUCUGAGCUUUAUCCCCAACUAGCACUCUGGACUUCCGUUCAUACAGCACAUUUCCAUUGUCAAAUAAUGGUUCAGAAAAAGGACUUUCCUUUUACAGUUUCUCAAAGAAAGUGUUUCAAGCCUCGUAGUGCUGAUAAAUCGAGCAAAUUUGCCUUGCUGGUCUAAGCAUGAAUGACUGAGAUGGGAGUGACUACUCCAUUUAUACACUGCCGUCUCCUCUAAAAAAGAAAUGGUGCGAUAACAAAUCUUAUCACCCGUUUAUAGUAAUAAUGAAAUCGUAGUUGGGAAAAUUAGCCACUAACGUGUGUAGGUUAUAGACUACACUAAACAACAAAUUGCCUACGUAAAGCUGUUAGCAUUCUUUUGCCCCAACAAAACUUAUCCCCCUAUGGCAUGGUUUUACACUUAGGCAACAAACAAUUUUUUUGACUAUUACACCAUCCAUUUAAUUUAUGUAAUGUUCUGUCACAAAAUGUAUCAUGUAUUUUUUUUGCCUUGCUGACAAUGUACCCUGACUUAUUAAAGGACAAUUCCUAAAUGACAUUUUAGAAUUUCUGCAUUUAAAACAAAUUUAUUUUAAAGCCAUUUAGAUUGGGAUCUCUUGUAGAGAAAAUUACAUAACGUAGAUAUUUUUACAGUGCUGAAACAAAGAAAGAAGUUGUAAUAUCUACAGUACUAAUUUAUCAAAUUAACUAUUUUACUAUCCACCACAAACCACAAGUGAAUUUUUCUAUUUUUCUUAUUAAGACAAGGUAAUCGUAUUCACCAUAGUUGUGCUGGAAGUAACACUGACAGUGACAGCCCUCUGUCUUUAACAGUGACAUACAAUAGGUGCAUAGAUGACAGUAGGAAGCAGUAAGCAGUCAUAGGGUCUUUCUCAAGGGUUCAAAUUGCGUGGCAUGUUGCGUGACCUUGGUACCGAACUCACAACCUUGUCACUGAUGGCCAAGUGCUGUAACAACUGAGCCACCACUGCUCAUUAAUUGAAAAUAGUGGUAAAAAUAGAAUUACAUUGGGAUGUAAGAAUUUAUGGGGAGGUAGAGCAAUGUAAUUUUACUUAGAGAUGGGAGCGACUACUCCAUUUAUACACUGCUGUCACCUCCGAAAAAGAAAUGGCGCAUUAACAAAUAUUAUAACCAAUUUAUUGUAAUAAUGAAUUCAUAGUUGGAAAAUUUACUACUAACAUAUAUGUAGGUUAUAGGCUAAGCCUAAAAUUGCCUACCUUAACCUGUUAGCAGUCUUUUGCCCCAACAAAACUUAGCCCCGUAUGGCAUGGUGUUGUCCUUAGACAAAAAAAACAACUUUUUGGAUUAUUGCACCAUCCAUUUUAUUUAUGUAAUGUUCUUUUUUGUCAAAAAAAGUUUUUUUUUUAUUAUUUGUUGCCUCAGGACAACAUUAUGCAGCUAAACCACGUUUGUUGAAAAUAAUUCUAAAGCAGUGUUUAUUUUUUUUCCAUCCACAAAUAAAAAAAAAUGGUGCCAUAAAGGGUUAAUACUUAAACAUCUUCAUACCUAAGAAAAAAGCAAAAAGCUAAUUUUUCACAGCUUAAGUUGAGAUAUUUACAAUCAGACGGUUCAUUUAAUAGGAGUGCACAGUCUGUCGAAAUGACUGACAUGGCGCAUUUGGACAGGGUUAAAAUCACUGAAAAAAAUGUCAGUAACAUUUACAUUACCUCAUAUAACCCCCCAUAUAAGUCUAAUCCAAUUUUACCUUAUUUUAACUUAAAUCUCUGCAAGUACUCCACAGUAAUUAUAAUGCAGGAAUUUUAAUUAGUUCAAGGAAUUUCCCCUUUAAGUUAAACUACAUUUUUUAGUUCUUAAGUGCUGGCACAUAUUGUAUAGAUUGUUUAACAAAAAUAUCAAUGCAAAUAUAAGAAAUUCUGUCUGUCAAUUACUGUCUAACUCCAUUAAAUCAUCUACAACAACCCAGUGUUAACUUAAGCAGUAAUAAACAGAGUAGCUGAGCAGUUUUUUUUUAUUCUGAACUUUUUAGUCCUUUGUCUUUCGUUCAGGAUUCUGAGAUUCAGUUGUUACAACAAUUAUAAAAAAGUUUAAUUAAUUUUACUGCAGACUCUUUAUUUUAAGUUUAAGUUUUUCUUUUAUUUUUUUCUUUAUGUUUGUGACGAUAUAGAGAUAUAGAUGUAGGGGAGAGCAGGCUUGUUCAAACAUUUAUGUAAUAAAUAAUAAAUGUAUGUAUUUUUAUAUUCAUGACACACUGUUAUGUACAGUAGCACGGCAGUGUUCCCACAAUGACAGACCAUAAUAAUGGUGCUAUGCAAAAGGGCUUGUGAUGUUUUAAUUAUUAAUGCAAGUAUUCAGAUUUUUAUAUGUUUGUCAGGAUGUGUUGAAAUGUGGUUCUGAUUAAUUACACAUAGCUGUGUAUCAUCAUAGCAUUGUAUCGUGUAUGUACAGUAUGGAAGUACACAUAUUUACACACACUCACCAUCAAACAGGACACUGGCAACAGUGGCAACAGACAGAGGUAUUAAUUUUGCGUCCUGAUACAACUUGAAAAGCUGUGGAGCACAGCUUAUAAUAGUUACAUAAUUGUUACAUAUGAUGUUCAUUUUCUUAAUUGGGUAAAAUGUUAUCAAAAGCUUAUUAUAAGCCGGUUCUAUGUCCAUAUUACGAUGCUCACAUUAAUAAUGAUUUAUAUGCUUUUAAUUUGGUGAUGCCACUUUCAGUUUAUUUGUUUAAUGUAUUAAAGAUACAUUGCCAAAUACCAA